AUGUCUGCGUCAACAGCUGCAGCACCAGCAGGUAAGAAGCAGCAAGAUCUUCAAACAACAUACUCAAACUACAAGAAUACCCUGCAGCAAAUAGCGCAAAAGAUUGGAGACAUCGAGCAAGAGGCAGAAGAACACAAGCUCGUUUUGGAAACCCUGGAGCCUCUAUCCGAGGACCGCAAAUGUUUCCGGCUGAUUAAUGGGGUUCUUGUAGAGAGAACGGUCAAGGAUGUUGUUCCUGCGCUGAAGACUAAUCAGGACGGGCUGAAGAAGGUGUUGGAUGACUUGGUGAAGCAGUACAAGACGAAGCAAGAUGAGUUGGAUAAGUGGAAGAAGAAGAACAAUGUGCAGGUAGUCCAGCAAUAA